GCAUUGAAGUACUCUUAUGUCUUCUUUGUAUUGUACUCAGCUGUCGUGGUUUGUACGGAUGUACAGUAUGUGGGAGGGGGUAGCUGCUUAGCAAAAGUCCAGUGAUGUGAAGAACGAGACAGACUGGAGGCCGGUCUCAAGCGUACAUCUGUCGGCCCGUCGGUGGUCACUCGGUCGGUCUGUCGCGAUGGAUUUCGUGCUGAGCGGAGUGGCGGCAUGCGGCGCUUGUGUGUUCACCAACCCGCUGGAGGUCGUCAAAACUCGCAUGCAACUUCAGGGAGAGCUAAAGAGCCGCGGAUCCUACCAUAUUUAUUAUCGCAACGUCUUCCACGCUUUUUAUACUAUCGGCAAAGUGGAAGGACUAGUGGGAUUACAGAAAGGAUUAGUACCCGGGCUAUACUAUCAGUUUUUUAUGAAUGGAGUCAGGCUCGGGUCGUACGCCAUCAUAGAGUCCUCGGGUUACAUCCACACCAAUGGAAGGGUCAACGCUGUCAAAACCACAGUAGCAGGGGCUAUGGCUGGAGUGGUGGGAGCUGUGAUGGGCAGCCCCAUAUACUUGGUGAAGACUCACCUGCAGAGCCAGGCCACCUCCUCUAUCGCGGUUGGUCAUCAGUACAAGCACCAGGGGAUGACCCACGCCCUGGUUGCCAUCUACAGAAAUCAUGGCAUUCUGGGACUGUGGAGGGGCUCUAGCGCUGCAGUGCCGAGGGUCAGCGUGGGGUCGGCCGCUCAGCUGUCCACCUUCUCCUCCUCCAAGGAGCUCGUCAUUGACCUGCAGGUGUUUCCAGCGAACAGCUGGCUGGUGGCCCUCAGCGCCGGCAUGAUCAGUAGUGUGGUGGUGGUGCUGGCUAUGACUCCUUUUGAUGUGGUGAGCACGCGGCUCUACAACCAGCCCGUGGAUCAUUUGGGCAAGGGUCAGCUCUAUAAAGGAUUUACUGACUGCUUUUCCAAAACCCUGAAGAAGGAGGGAUUGACGGGGCUUUACAAAGGCCUGGGAGCGUCUUAUUUCCGACUCGGUCCACACACCAUUCUUUCGUUGUUUUUCUGGGAUGAACUGCGCAAAUUCUACCAGCCGUUCAGAUAACACCCGGGACGAAGACACUGGAAAAUGGGUAACUCAUUAUGUUCUGAGUGCAGAAGGUUAAAUGAAUCGUCGUUUAAUGAGUUUAUGAUUAUCCGGUGGAUGGAAACACCUGAAGGUGUUCUAGAGCAAAGGUAAUGUUUUACACUCCAGUUAAAAAAACACUUUAGAGUCAAAUGUGUCAAGAAUGAAGGUGAAAAUGUUAAAUUAUUGAGCUGCUGAAGGAUAUAUUAACUGCACUUGUCACAUAGAACCAUACAGUAUGCUGUAUGUCCUCCAGAGGAAAUUCAACACUGUACCUUUUCUCUAGCUCUUAAACUCCUGUGUACUGAGGAUACGAGGUCAAUGUCCUAUUAUUCUGUGUGUCUGGGAAUUAGGAAAAUCUGAUCGUGAUACAAAUUCCCCGCAGCAGCCUUGUGCUUGUUUUCAGGUGAUGAAGAGUAUUCUAUACUGUAGCAACAUAGUUAAUCAUUUUGGCCUUUAGCAAUUUCCCUCAAGCAACUUUGCCUUCGACUCAUUAAAGCCAAUGAGAACCAGUUGAAAACCAAAACUUCUUUAAACUUUUUUUAGGUCUAUGUGGAGUUUCCUAAACUUUCUAAAGACUGCAAACAUGCCAGGCUCAAGUUUUGUGAACUGUAUAUAAUUGUGUGGAUGCCCUCAAGGGCAUCCACACAAUUGAGUUCCUGUUUCUCUUUAUUCUUUAUUCCACUAUUUUAUUCUAGUUGCUUCCGUACACUUUUUGGCGCUUAACUACUCCCACAGUUUUUGUGCUAUUUUCACCGUUCAAAUCUUAAAAAAUUCUGCUCUUUCCGCUAAAGUUGAAUUUUUUUUGCAAUAUUUUUUGCCCAUUUCUGCCAUAUUAUCAGUGGCCUCACUGAUUUUCCUUGCCGGGUUGACCUGUGUUUUAGCUCAGUGAGAUAAGCAUCCGUUCUCAGACUGGGAGGCCCGGGUUCAAAUCCCGCUUAUGGCAACAUUUCUUUCAGUUAACAGUUAAA